CUUGGGCCUUUUUAAUAUUGAAUAUACCUUUUUAAACAAAGAGAAGAGAAAAAAAAAACUAGAGCACAUAGCGAAAGUGUACAAUAGCAAGAAGGUUAAUGGUAUGCAGUUGGGUCAUAUAAACACAUGAACUGAUAAUAAGGAAGUGAAGAAAAAGGCUCAGUGAAUUAUGGAAAGUCAAUCAGCAGCCUGAGCCUUGAAACAGCAAAGCUAUGGAAGCCUAACUAUACAUGUAAGAUUUAUCAAAAAGGGAAGCUCAAGGGCCUAUCAUACAGCCCAAACUGUGAGCAGAUUGCACAAGAGCCUCCCAUUAUACUUUUUUCUUGUCCCUGUCAGUACCCUAAUUGUCGGAUUUUGGAUCAUAUGAAGGCUUUUCAGAGAGCUUUUAAAACAAUAAUAGAAAGUUACAAGAGUUUAGCUACCUUCAAAGUAAUAAAUAUAGGAACAGCAUCUCUCCGAGAGGAUGUUUCUUUUGUAAAAAUGAAAGAAAUCACUCCUAAGUAUUUGUUUAACCCUAGAACACUAUCGCCGGGUGAUUUUCACCCAAGCAAAUGUAUUUACAUAAUUUUCAAUAUGUUGUGUUUGUCUGAGUGUGGUGGGUGUCCCUGGGUAGCUUCAGCAUUGUCUUUGACGUCUUUGAAGGCGUGGGUGUUUCCCUACCCCAAAUCCUGCUUUUUCCUACAGGCAUGUGUUUGGGUGAAUUUCACCCGGCAAUAGUGAUAGAGGGUAAAGUAGGUUUUGGGUGGAUUUCACCCGGUGAUAGUGUUAGUGUAUAAAAUCAGGUGAUCUUGCCGCAUUUCAAGGGUGACAACAUUCAGGCUCACCAUAUUUACUGUCCCUCUUCAACUACAGCUGUCACCCUGUUGCAGGUUCAGUGUCUUUGGCAUCCCAGCUAGUGAGUAACACAUAGGUAAGGUUUGUUUAACUUGGCAAUUGUUAGCUGAUUAGAUUUCUUUUUCUUUCUUUUUUUUAAUCUAAAAGCUAUGUUAUGUAGCUAGCUAGAUAACUGUGCACAUUAUUUCUUUCAGCAAAUAGCUAGCAAGAUAGCUAGCUGGUGAAGUUCUAGCACUCCUCUGGGGGAAAAAAAUGCCAAAAAGGAAACCACUGAAGUACUUGACCCAAAAGGAAAUAGAAGAGAUUCUAUUCAGGGAAAGCAGUGAUGAAGAUGUUGAUCGUGUGGAAGCAGAAGAGAUGUGCGACAGUGACGUGGACUACAUUCCAAAACCGGGUGAUGAUGACAGUGAUAGUGAUGGCUUUGAGCCUUGCACUUCAAGUCAUCAGAGAAAAAAAAUGCGACAUCAUGAUUCAAGUAGACUGACCACCAGACAAAUUCCCACCUCAGGACCUGUUGCCUCUAGGUUUACUGCCAAUCUUACUUCCCCUGCCACGCCUGAUGCGGUCCCUGCCACGCCUGAUGUGGGUCACAGGGGGAGAGGACACCGCCAUGUGAAUGAUGACAUGGCCUAUAUUGUGAGACUCCAAAACAAGUCUUACAGGAGUACUUCUGGUUUCCAGUGGAGUUCUCGGCCUCAGACAUUGGCAGCUACCAGGACAGCUGCAUGAAAUAUCAUGCCUGCUUUUACACCAGGACCAACACCAGAAGCAUCACAUGCUGACACCCCUGAGCAGUGUUUCACAUUAUUUUUUGAGGACCAAAUCAUCGACGAAAUUGUGACAUGGACGAACAUCCGUAUUGAUGCUGAAGCUAUGAAGUAUCGGAAGAUAACAGGUACUUUCCAGAGAACAACCCCAGCAGAGGUGCGUGCAAUGCUAGGGAUUUUUAUCUCUAGUGGUUGCCAGAUGGACAACCAUUUGUCUACUAAAGAAAUGUGGAACCCUGCUACUGCUGCACCUGUGUACCGUGCUGCUAUGUCUGAGGGUCGCUUUUCAUUCCUCCUUAGCUGUCUCCGAUUUGAUGACCCUGACACACGGCAAGAAAGACAGGCCAUGGACAAAUUUGUUCCCAUUAGAAAUAUAUGGCAAAUAUUCAUUGACAACUGUAAAAUGUUAUAUGUGCCCAGUCAAAACAUAACUGUAGAUGAACAGUUGCUUGGAUUUAGAGGGAGGUGUCCAUUUAGAAUGUACAUCCCCAACAAACCUGCCAAAUAUGGUAUCAAGCUUGUCCUUGCCAAUGAUGCCCAAAGCAAGUACCUGCUGACAGGAAUACCAUACCUGGGGAAACUUGUAACACAACGACAGGAUGGACAAAGUCUUGGCCAGCAUUUCACCAAGGAGCUGACCAAACAAUAUCACCAUACAAACAGGAAUGUGACCACUGAUAAUUGGUUCACUUCUGUGCCACUGGCGAUUGAUCUGCUGCAGAACUGUGGCAUGACCUUAGUGGGAACAAUAAAAGCAAACAAAAGGGAGAUCCCACAAGUGAUGAAAGUUAAAGAAAAUCACGCGCCAGGCUCCAGUGCAUUUCUCUUUACCAAAGAACUAACCUUGGUGUCCUUCCUCCCUGACAAAGCUUCAAAAAAGAAGGUUGUACUGCUCCUGUCAUCCAUGCACACACAACCAAGCAUAGGACCCACUCGCAUGCCCGAAGUGAUUGAAUUUUACAACAAAACAAAGGGAGGUGUCGAUACUUUUGACCAGAUGUGCGCUCACUAUGGUUGUGGAAGAAAAACCAAGAGAUGGCCUCUUUGCGUGUUCUAUGGCAUGAUCAAUGCUGAUGUGAUAAACUCAUGGAUCAUUCACAAUGAGAAUGCAAUGAAGAGAGGUGACAACCAAAUGCAGAGGAGGCCUUAUAUGCAGGCUUUGGCAUUGGCACUCAUCAAACCAUGGGCAGAGCAGAGGCUCCCCUCUUCAAAUCUGUCACGUCAACUCAGAGUCCUGAUCUGUAGCGUGCUCGACAUCCCUACCCCUGGCACUCUUGAAGGUGAGGCAGGACCAGUGGCAGCAGAAAGCAGUCAGGUGUGCUGACUGCCUCUCAGGCUUGGACAGGAAGACGCGAUACAGGUGCCAUGUCUGCCGUCGACCGGUGUGUCCAUGCCAUUACUACCCUGUGUGUACUGACUGCAUGUAAGAAAUAGCUGUUCGCAUGUCAAGGAGACUGUGCCUUCACCAGGGAAGACUCAAAUAUCCCAGGAAUGGGUGGACAAGACCAAGUUUCCAGCAUCAUUAUAUUUUUGUUUAGGAUUUGUUUUGUUCUCCAACUGCUAAUUUUCCAGAAAUUUUGGAGCAUUUUUUAGGGUCCCCCCAUGAAACUUUUUUUCCAUUUUGUUAGAUAUGGCACAGCUGAAAAUAAAAGAAAACCACUCUAAUUUGUCAUGUGUUGUCAUAUAUUUUAUAUAUUUUGAUGACAAGUACUUUUUGUUGGGUAUAUUAUAUUGGGUAAAAAUCACCCGACGUUAGUGAUGGUGUUACUAUUUUUAGCGAUAGUGUUCUAGGGUUAAUGUACAU